AUUGGGUAGACGCCGUUGACUGACUGAUGUGUCAAAACAAAAAUCUUUUUCGUGUCUAUGCGCUUUGGAUAUUUUGCUAUAUUCAGAAAAGAAAAAUGUUCAAAACGAAAUGAUAUGUUACUUUUUUUUCGUUCAAUUCAACAUUUUCGCGUGAUUCAAAUCGAUUCGUGUAUUUAUAUUAAAAAAAAGAGUCGUUUAGUUUCGUAGGGUUAAACAAAAAAAUUAAAACGAAGUUUUUGUAUCAGAAUUGAGUAAAGAGUACUAGGAGAGUGGAAAAAUGUCGGGAAAACAUUUGGAUACGGUUCGCAUUAAGAAGGAAGUUCAGGAGUCACAAUUUGCGGAAGCGGACAGUUCAUCGAAUUCCACAUCAUCGAAUGCAGCGGAAGCAGUCACCCGCCAGAGUAGCUUGCAGCGAAUCCAAAUUCGCAAAGACAGGUUGAAUAAGCUGCCUCGAAAUCAACGAAUGGCCAAAUUGAGUAUGUACUCCGCCUGCCAAGCAGAUGAAUGUCGAUGUACAGGCUGGAAGACACCCGAUGAGAACCGAAAGGGUGAUGUGGAGAACAAUUACAUACCGAAAUUUUCGGAGGAAUGUCGAAAUCAGAGUUGUCGACAUACAUUGGAACAACACAUUUCACACUUGUCAGAUGUUACCGAUGAACAAACAUUCGAACUGCUCGGUGCCGUUGUCGAUGUGGAAAAUCUGUAUAUGAGCAUGCACAAUGAAAAAGACGAUGACACAAAAAAGGUUUAUUAUUUCUUGUUUCGGUUGCUUCGCCAAUGCAUUUUAACACGGCAGCAGCCAAUCAUAACUGGACCAUUGGGAGAUCCGCCCUUUGAGGCUCCAUCUAUUGCGAAGGCGGUAACAAAUUUUAUAUUCUUCAAGUAUCAACAUCUGUCGCAGGUUGAGUUCCACAUUAUGACCGAAGUGGCCAAGACAUUUUUGCAUUGUAUGAACUAUUGGAACUUCGAAACACCAAGUGCUCGCUGUCAAUCGUUGACCAAUGAAGAUGCUUCAUCGUACAAAAUUAACUACACUCGUUGGUUAAUGUUUUGUCAUGUACCAGCUUUUUGCAAUUCACUGCGCCACUUUGAAACCACUCUGGUGUUCGGUCGUACUUUUCUCAAGGCAGUCUUUCAGUACGUAUCAAGUCAAUUGCUAUCCAAAUGUCGUGACGACAGUGAUCGAAUGCCAAUCGAAAGACGUGCCAUGCUCGCGUACUUACCGAAAUUUUUGGAAACACUCAAAAAUGAGGUGGUUAACGAAGAAUCACCCAUUUGGGAUCCGAAUUUCAAGCAACCAAUUGGUUUGAUGUUGCAACGAAAACGAGAUCGUGAACAAAUGUCGAAUGCUAAUGCGAAGAAACCGGAAAACAAACGCCAAAAGCGCGAAGAAGGCGAUGAGUUAUCGGAUGAUACUGUUAAGGAGACAAUAGAUCGUAUCAAUGAUGCAAGCUACGCGAGUAAAAAUGAGAUCGUAUUCCCAGUGAAUGCACCAAGAGAUGAGGCCGCAAAAGCUGAAGAGAAACGUGGUGAAAUCCAAUUUCAUAUUGUUGGAAAUUCGUUAACACGGCCUGUUAGCAAACAAACAAUGCUUUGGUUGCUUGGAUUGCAGAGUGUGUUCUCACACCAAUUGCCAGACAUGCCACGUGAAUACAUCACCCAAUUAGUUUUCGAUUCAAAGCAUAAAACUCUGGCACUUAUCAAGAAAAAUCGUCCAAUCGGUGGAAUAUGUUUCAGAACCUUUGCUUCACAAGGGUUUACUGAGAUUGUGUUCUGCGCAGUCACAGGGAAUGAACAAGUCAAGGGAUACGGUACACAUUUGAUGAACCAUUUAAAAGACUACAGCACACAACAGGGCAUCAAGCAUUUUCUUACAUACGCCGAUGAAUUUGCCAUUGGCUAUUUUAAGAAACAAGGUUUUUCGAAAGAUAUUAAAGUGGCUCGUCCUGUUUAUGCUGGUUACAUCAAGGAGUAUGAAGGCGCUACUUUGAUGCACUGUGAACUGCAUCCAUCGAUUGUGUACACACAAUUCAGUUCGGUAUUGCGCAAACAGAAAGAAAUCAUCAAGGAGCUAAUUUCACAGCGUCAACAAGAUAUUCAGAAAAUUCAUCCCGGACUGACGUGCUUCAAAGAAGGUAUUCGGAAUAUUCCAAUCGAAGCGAUACCUGGACUGCGCGAAGUAGGAUGGCGGCCUCAGGCUCGAGCUCAACGUACCAGUCGACCACUUGAUGAAUCGAUCGAUCCCGAUAAAUUGGCAAUGACAUUGAACACAGUCUUAGUAACGGUUCGUCAGCACUCGGCGGCGUGGCCAUUCUUGAAACCCGUCGACAAGACCGAGGUGCCAGACUAUUAUGACCAUAUCAAGUAUCCGAUGGAUUUGAAAUCAAUGCAAGAGCGUUUGAAGAAAGGAUAUUAUGUAAAUCGACGUUUAUUUAUGGCCGACAUGGCACGAAUAUUCUCCAACUGCAGACUGUACAACUCCAGUGGAACAGAAUAUGUGAAAUGUGCUAAUAACUUGGAGCGAUACUUUCAAACGAAGAUGAAGGAGAUUGGCUUAUGGGAUAAAUAAUUUUUCUACUUUAAAUGUAUCAAUCAGGCUUUAAUAGAUUCAAUAAAAAAAAAAUAAACAAUUUUCUUUCGAUUUGGGA